CGGACUCGGACCUUUCUUCUGGAAUACACUCUCAGUUACUCUGUCCCUUGCCAUUCUUCUGCAUACCUGAGUUGUUUUGACUCCAAGCCAGUACUGAAUUGAAGAUCGAGGAUGUCAGACUCUCCAGAAGAGAGUGAUUCCCAGGUCUUGUCUGGCUGGACUCUCAUCAGCAGUCAAGGAGAGAUUGUUCCAGGUGAUGGGGAGUCUGAAAGCAGCGAAAGUUCUAUUGAGGUGGUGUCAUUGGAUGACAGUGAUAAUGUAGAUUCCCACUCAUCUCGGAGGGGAUGGAAUAUUCAGCAAGAAUCAGAUGGAGCAGUGGUUUUUGAGGAUUCACCAAGUGCUCCAGCUGACUCAGAACAGCCAGGCCAGAAUGAUGGAGUUGUUGAUGACGAUGUUGUCAAUGAUGUCUGCGGCUCAUCCCACCCUUCUCACCUUUCACACCCCCCAGUGGAGGAAUUAGACCCCACACAGCACAAUUUUGAUUCUUCCAGCUCUGUUGAAGCAAGGGUCGCCGACCUUCAGCAAGCAGCUAUUGAAGAUGAAGAGCAAGUUAGUUCUGUCAUGAAUUUGGAAGGACCAGUGUUGUCAGAGCAAGAUGCUAUAACCUGUGAGAAGGGAGAAGUACCUGUCGAAAUGCCAGUGCUGGAACAAGCUUCUCUUGAGGAGACUCAUCAACUUGAGUCAGAAGGAACUGAUGAGCAAACACCUGUGCGCCCUCUCAGCUGCUCCCUUGGAAGUGAGAAUCCUCCAAAGCAACAAGAAGAGAGAGACAGUGAUGGACUGGAAAAUCUUCUUGGUGCAUGCUGUGCUGAAAUGUUGGAACAGAAUGUCAGUGGCAGAACAGAUGUGCCUCAGAUGAACCAAGCAGACGCUGAAUUUGAAGAUGAAAAUCUGAGUCCUGUGAGUGUACAGGACACUGACUUUGCCCAGGCCACUGGCACACCUAGAGCUGAUGCCAGUGCCGGAACCAGAAAUGAUAGUGAUGCAGAUUCUGACUUUGUCUGUUUGGACCCAGGAAGUCCUGAAGAGGUAGAGAAUGUGCUUUACGCAGGCCAGGCUGCGGAGAGAGUUGAAAGGGUCAUGGUUCCUCUGAGGAUAUCAAGGACAGAUUCCUCCAUUGGUCCCAACUUCAACUUCAUGAGAAAUGAAGGUGCCUUGGGGAGGGAUCGCUCUGAUGGUGAGGAAGAAGAUGGGGAUGAAGAAACUGAGUCGUCAACCGAAGACAGUAUUGAUGAUCGCAUUGAGAGUGAGCAGAGUGAGGCUGGCUCUCUUCCUCACUACAAUGACAUUGGUGAUUUGUCGUCUGUUUCCGACAUUGGCGACCUCCCUUUAGUGGCUGGAAAUGUUGCCCGUAACUACAGACACAUGCCCAACAACCAUCUGACCAAUGUGCUGAACGUCAUUGUGUUGCUGACUGCCAUUCUCACCAUGGGAAUUAGUCUUGGCAUCAUAAUGGCUACUGAUCUGGAAAUUGAGGAGUGGCAAAAGGCUUAUGAAAAGGAGGCUGAGAAAGUGAGGGACUUGAAGCACACGGCUGAAACUUUUGAAAGGUUAUACACCAAUAUGAAACAUGAUGUUGAAGAAAAAGACGCUUUCAACAUUCUGAAGCUUCAUGCUUUCGAAGAGGACAAGAAUUUUCAUGAUAUUCUUGAAAAACUCCAAGAAGCCACCGCUGCUUAUGCAGCUUGUUCAAGGGCAAAACAUCUUAGGCCAUGUUAUUACACUGUUUCACCACGUUUGAACACACUGAAGUUGGCUCUCAUAAAUUACCCAGACAAAAAUCAGAAGCAGGAGGAGAGAGUUGAAUACAUCAAGCCUACUGCACACAUGAAUGAAGAUGAUCACCAGGAACAAGUAGAUGAUGAAAACGCUGAUGAAGACUUUGAGAGUGAUAGUUCCACCCUAGACGGUGAAAGCGACUCUGUCCCUCCGAGUGAGGAGAUUGACGUUUCAGCUUUACUUCAAGAGGAGGAGGAUGGGGUCGUGGCAAGUGAAGAUGAUACCAUUGGUGGUAUAAACUCAGAUGCUGUUGAGAGAUAUGGUCUUGAAGCACAUACCAGAAAAGGAGAAUUUUUGGAGAAAGAUUCUCUGUGGGUCCGGCUGGAUGUCAAACAGUUACAGCAGUCACUGACCCGAGAGCAGGAGCGAGCUUUGCACUGGCAGCAACUGUACCUGGCCGAACGCCGACAGCGGGAGCGGGAGCGAGAGAAUGAGGAAUGGGAGGAUGAACGAGAGAGAGAACGAUGGGAGCAGGAGCGAGAGCAAGCCAAUCAAGUGGAGUGUCUGCAGAAACUGUUGUCCUCCAACCUCACCACUCUAACACAGCACAUUCUUCGCUGGAAUGUGUCUGUCUUUGAUGAUUUUGCCAAUUUGUCCAUGCUUAUGUCAAGUGUUGCUGAACUUAAGCAAUCUGUUGUCAGUUCGGUAAACAAAGUUUGGGAAGAGGCAGAAGAAAUGAUUGAGAGGGUUCGGGGUGUUGAAAGUGGCAGAGAAGAAGGCGGUAAAAGUUGGGAAAGCUCUAUGCCAGAUCAAGAAGUUCUAAUGAACUAUGUCAAUAUGCUCAUUCGGGAUGUGAAGGACGAGAUAGGCAAGGUACUCAAAGAUGAUGAGCCUUUAGAGCAUGACACGGAAAAUUUAGGGGAAAAUAUGAAAGGUGAUUCUAAGUAUGUGGAUAAUAAGUUCUCCAAGAAGUCUAGAAAACAAGAAAGAGAGGACACUCGCAAUGACAAGUGGCAUGGGAAGAUUUUUAAGCUGAUUAAGAGAACAAGGAAGUCAGUAGGGAAAGUGGGUAGGAAGCUUGUGGGUUUUCUGGGGAAGAUCCAGACUGCGUGGGAAGACAGGCAGAAGUGGUUGUCCAAAGUAAAGAGCUACUUUGUGAAGAAACGGCAGCCGUCCACUCCUAAAGGGAUCAUGGAAUUUGAGAGACUUUGUUCUGGGUUACCUGUGAAUGGGGAAAGUCGUGAAGUGGACAUAAGCAGCGAGUGCAUGAAAUGGAUUCGAUCUGUAUGGCAGAGACAGGUCCGCAAGAACCCUUGCAAGGUGUUGGGAAAGUUCAGUAGAGAAUGCAACAUGGAUGAAAACCAGUUGAAGGAUGAGAUUAAAGCAGUGUCAAAGCAUCUUGAAAAGUUAAUGAAGGAAACGGUAGCCCAUUCAGGUAUGGUUUUGAAAAAAGAGAUCAAUCCAGUUGAUAUGGUAGGGAAGUUCAGAGGUUUCCUUGAGCAGUGGGGUUCUAGCAAUCUGUUGCUGAAGUCUGACAUCACCUGGGCUGAGUGUCAAUUGGGGUGGUGGGUGGGGGUUGAUCGCGUCCUUCCAAACAUUCAACACACUCUUAGAGAUAAUUGGUGCCAUAUGGUGGUGCUACCUCGUCUUUCAUUUGUUGACAGUGAUGAUAAAUCAGACGUUGUAUACUUUGAUCAGCAACAUGGAAGCUACAAAAGGAAUGAUGACAAUGAUAACAACGAUCAUAGAGACGAUGAGGAGGAUGAUGAAGGAUGGUCUCCGGGUCGUUAUGUUGAAUAUGGCAGAGAGGAGCUGGUAUUGAAUCUCAAGACACUUGAAAAUGUGGGAGAUGAAGUUGAAGACUACAGUAUACCGCACUGGGACCACAAUGAAACCGAAGGUGACAUGGGGACGGUGCAAACCAAGUCAAAAGAUACGUGGUACUUAGAGCGGGCUAAGUACCGCCUUGAAACAAGGAGAGAAAAAGAAAAGGCAUCAGAUGCUACAAGCACCAUGAAUCUGAAGCUUAAAAGAGCUGCCCAUGAUCUGUCAGGAGAAUGGGUUUUUGAAAAAGCGGAGGCUCGAGCUUUUCAACGACAUCAAGAUCACAGAUCUGACUGGCUUUUUGAGAGAGCUCACGGCAGGAGAAGGGGGAAAGAGGGUCCCUUUUAUCAUUCUAUGCAAGAGGAAAAGAAAGGGAAAGGCGUGAAACAUCCAAAUUGGUUCUUCGAGCAAGCAAAUGAGAGAGAGAAACAGAGACUCUUUGAACACCGUUCUGAUUGGGUAUUUGAGAGGGCUGAGCAGCGGGAGCAAUACCAUAGGCAGCAGCAACAUCACGGGGGAGACUGGUUAAAGACGAAGUUUCAUAAGAAGGCCUCUCACAGAUUUCGAAAGCAUUCCGCACCUAAACGUCAUCACAAUAAGAAGCAUAAUUGUGGGAAAGGCAAACUUAAAGUUGAUUUUGAGGAUUUCAAGGAUGAGAGAAUGCCUCACUGCAUUGAAUUAUAAACUUCUGAGAAGGCUGUGGCCCCCAACUGAUUUUUUUUUAUUUCUCUUGUUUGCUUUUCACUUUUUGUAAUGUAUUUUGUCACAAUAACCAAGUUUGCUUUAAAAUACCCUUCAAUCUUAGCAGUUUACCACUUUGUUUUGUCCAAUACACCUGCAGACAUGGUCUUACAAAUGCUUAGUACUUCAUGUCUUUCGCAUGGGUGAAAUGUUUCAAAAAGCAGACUUCUUUGCCUUACUAGGCUCCAUAUUUUCGUACAACUUUUUCAAAAAUACCAUAGAAAUUUGAGAAAGUGUUGAGGCUGUUGAAGGUCUCAGACUUUUUUCUUAUGUAAUGAAUGUUUUACAACUGAAAAGUUUCCACUCUUCCUAGCUUUUCUCACAUAUAUAUUAUGAAAUUGAUCAUGCAACAGCAAUAAGCUUGUAGAGAGUACAGGUUGGCUUGUUUUGUGCCUCAAGCGAAGCAUUCUCUACAGAAAUAUGUAGAUGCCAUAGCAAAUGAAGAAGAAGUCAUGGCUCAUUUGAUGAGUUGUUACUACAUUUGAUGUAGAUCAGUAUGUUUCUGUGUGAACAGUUGGGGGGAUUUUGCAGUGUGUGGAAUUUGAAUAUAAUGACAUGUGUUGGCUGUCCAAAAAGUGAGAUGAAAAGGGUCACAACUAAAAAAAAAAGCUCUUCUUACCACAUAUAUAUAAAUGAUGUGCCAAAGGCAGUAUACUCUACUCUACUAACUGCUGCCAAUAUACUCAGCAUACCACAGAAGGUAUCCAUGUAUGACAUCUCGUCAAACACAGUGACUGUCAUAGAGGAAUAGUCAGAGACAGGAGUGCGCAGUCUUGAUUUGUACAGGUUUAAAGGAAAGAAGACCUCUAAAUUGACUAACUAGUUGCUGAAUAGUGUUACAACGUAAUUUUUAAGGUUUAUACUGGUCCAUAGAUUUUUAUUUUAUCAGGAGCCAUUUUCACCUUACUUUUCUGACUGACCUCACAUUUUAAUUUUUUUUUUUUUUCUAGUACAAGAUUAUGAAUAACAACACGGUUCAAGGGAUCCUCUUUGCUCAGCAUUUACGUCUUUUGUCAAACCCUCACUAAUGUUGCAACACAGUGUGAUCACAUCCAUGCUUAACCCCCAACCCCUCUCCAGUCUCCCAAGUUUCCUAAACUUCCUUAUGUGUCAACUGUUACCUUUGUGCAUCCUUAGCUUCUGAUGUCCAUCUAUUUUUUUUAGUUCAAAUUCUUACUACAAAAUUCUUAAUUUUACUUUAUAUGUAAGUUCCUCGGGGAAAAGUCUUUUCAAUAUUAAGUAGGCUGAAAAUGUUAACCAAAACAGCAGAUGAGAAUUGAUAGGACAGGUGAAUAGUGUACUUUUUCCCACGUGUGGCUUGUUGUUUUUUAAACCUGUGUCUCUGAAAAAUGUUAAUACAUAGGCAUCAUUUUUUUUUUUUCUGUGUUUAAUUUUGCAGAUUCUUGUCUAGUAUUGAAUACAUUUAUUGAAAAUGAAAUCAGUUGCUCUUCUAAAAGAACUUGAUGUUAAAUGGAUUCACCGUUUCCUGAUAAGGAUGCAUCUGUCAUUAAUUCCAAUAAUUUAAAUUAACUGCUAUUCUAUAUUUGCAGCAUCUUUGAAUGGCAAAACAUUGCACUUCUAUUGCAAUGUCCACUGGCCAUUUCUGUUAAAAUUUGUUCUGCUUUUUAAGAUUGACCAUAUGGUAGUGGGUUUGAGCUGUAAGUAGAGGUGUUUUGGAGUUUGCAUACAUUUUUUCGCAUAGUUUACCAUGUUUUUAAUUUUUAGUAAGUUAUGUUUCUUUAAUUCUCUUCUUUUUUAAAAUCUGAAAUUCAAUCUAAAAUUAUAUUGUUAAUCAGUCAUGGGCUUGUUUGGAAGUAGCAUAAUCAUUUUUAAACUAUUCAGAUUAAACAUUUUGCUCCAACUUUUUUUUGUGUUCAUCUACAUUUAUGCUUCUAUUCACUUACCUCUAGAAUUAUUUUUAACCUGUAGGCUGUAGUAUUUGGCUACUUUGAUUUAAUCAAGAGCAAUACAAUAUAUAUCAAUUAUAAUGUGAAUACUUUUUGUGCAGUGACCAAUUUUUCUAUUCUUUUAAUGCUGGCAUUGUUUUAAGACUUUCUUCUUUUUGUGUGCAAUGUAUUGUUCCUGGGUUGCAGACAACACAAAAUUAUAGACCUCUGUUCUCACCUAUCAUAAUGUAAUUUUAUGAGCUGUUGUGUCUUUUCGAAUAUGCUAAAUGACUAUUACUAUAUUGUUUGUGAUUCACAUGGUCUAGGUGAAACUUUGUGGCUUCCACCAUAAGAGUGCAGUCAUCGUGUCAACUCACAAUACAAUAAUAAAAUGUGAACUCUCUGUG